GCUACAUUUGCCUCCACUGUUGCAGCAAUUGACCUCAUCGACCGCAAAGAAGCAGAAGCCAUAGUUGGACCAUUGAGCUUGCAUGAAGCGUCUGUGGUCUGUGAAUUGAACAAUGUCACCAAGGACAUCCCCAUCAUCUCCAUUGCUCCAACAGCCAUAUCUCCACCACUUCUGCCACCACAACCACCAUCUUUCAUCCAGAUGAGUAACGAUGUCGCCACACACAUGCAGUGCAUCGCCGCCAUUGUCGGUCACUUCGGGUGGCGAAAGGUGACAGCAAUAUAUGAANUUUUCAUCCAGAUGAGUAACGAUGUCGCCACACACAUGCAUUGCAUCGCCGCCAUUGUCGGUCACUUCGGGUGGCGAAAGGUGACAGCAAUAUAUGAACAAAGCACCAGACUCUCCACCGACUCUGGCCUCAUCAUUCACCUCUCCGAUUCACUCCGAGCCGUCGACUCAGUCGUUGAGCGCCACAUAGGUAUCCCUCCUAUAUCUUCUCUUACAAACCCAAGACUCUUUAUUGAAGAAGAGCUGAAGAAGCUCAGAAGCAAGAGCAAUAGGGUGUUUAUACUCAUACAGUCUUCUUUAGACUUUGCCGCCAUUCUUUUCGAGAAGGCAAAGCAAAUGGGAAUGAUGGGGAAAGGGUACGUAUGGAUUGUUUCAGAUGACAUUGCAAGCCUUCUUGAUUCUGUUGGUCCAUCCGUCAUUUCUAACAUGCAAGGUGUAAUUGGUUUGAAGACCAACUUCAUAGACACUACUGAGUCUUAUAGACAGUUUAGAAUUAGAUUUCGCAGGAAUUUUACGUCAGAACACCCAGAAGAAGAGGAACAUCCAGACCCAAGUAUAUUUGCACUUCGAGCUUAUGAUGCAACAUGGGCCAUUGCUAAAGCCAUGCAAAUUUCUCAAAGAGAGAGAAAACCAAAAGGGUUAGUAAAUCACAUUUUGUCUAGUGAUUUUGAAGGUUUAUCUGGAAGAAUAAGAUUCAAUAAAGGCCGAUUAUCAGAAUUACCAACCUUUAGGAUCAUAAAUGUGAUUGGUAAAAGCUAUAGAGAAGUGGCAUUCUGGUCACUAGUAUUUGGUUUCUCUGAGGACUUCAUCAAACAGGAUGAAAUGAAGAAGAGAAUUGGCAAUGGUUUAGUUGGAGACUUGGAUUCAAUUUAUUGGCCAGGCCGUGAGCGAACGGUGCCAAAGGGAUGGAGUUUAGGUGAGGGAGAGACACGGUUGAAGAUCGGCGUUCCGGCGAGGGGUGCUUUCACCCAGUUUGUGAAUGUUUGGUAUGAUCCAAGUACGAAUAAAACGAAGGUGACCGGAUUUUCAAUUGACGUUUUUAAAGCUGCUGUGAAGAGGCUACGUUAUGACUUGUCAUAUGUGUUCGUUCCCUGGAAUGGCUCGUAUGAUGAAAUGGUAGCUGAAGUUCAUAAAAAGGUAUGUCUUUCAUUCCAUUAA